AUGGUACUGAGCGACGCCAGUAGAUCUGAGAUCCUGCGUCGCUUCGGAGGCACGUACACUGACCUGGACGCCAUCGCCCUGCGUCCUCUGCCGAAUGGCACAAACUGGCUCGCAGAAUUUUAUGACGGUCGGGUGACAGCUGCUCUGUCCAGUUUCUUGCCGGGGCACACCCUUUUCCAAAGAGUGGUGGAUGCAAUACCCCGAGCAUUCAACCCGUAUGCUUGUUGUUCUAUUGGGCCCGACCUGGUCACUGCCGAGAUGCAACACCUGUGUCCAGACGCCUUCAGCAGCAUCGUUGCGGAUGACCUGCAAGAACCCGUCGUGUGCAGUGACAUCACAGUGCUUCCUAUCGGCAACUUCUACCCCAUCAACUACGACAUGGGACCCCGCGGCUUUUCGCAGUUGCUUCGAUCAGGGACUGGCCAGGAGUUCCUGAAGAGCACGAAGGCUCACUCACUCCAUCUGUUUAGUUCGCUUACUGCCAAAGACUUGCUCUAUCUCGGUGGCGGCUCUAUUUUGGAAGAAGUGGCAAAGAGAUACUGCCCGAAAGUGUUUAAAACUCAACGAAGCAUUAGUGCUGUAAUGGAAUCCGAAUUAACAGGGGUUAACCAGGUCCUUUGCACCUGUAUCCCUCGCCAGCAUCAAGGAAGGGCAGAUGACUUGAUGAACUGGGACGGGACCGCUGGUUUUACGGAGAUCACACUACAAAUUUCCGUUUCACACUUGGCGCAGGUGUAA